UUUGUACGAUGAUAUUACGGUGUUGUAACGCAUAACAGGGUACGCUCACUUCGGCUGACCUUUACACAAUCCGCAAAGUCACAAAUGGCGGCUUCAUCAUCUCGCUCUUCAAUCCCCUUUGGACCAACAAGAUUCAUCACAUCUUCCUCAUCAGAGGCUCUGAAAUUGGGGCAUUUGGUCCCCACCGGAGGAGCUUUGGUUUGAAGAAGAAGGAGAAUUAGGGAGAGUGGGUUACCGGAAGUUGUGGAAGUGGAAGUUCUGGUUCUGUUGUGUGCAAGGCGGUAUCUGUGCAGCCGCAGACGGAGAUUGAAGGGCUUAACAUUGCUGAGGAUGUCACUCAACUUAUUGGGAAGACACCAAUGGUGUACCUUAAUAAUAUUGUAAAGGGGUGUGUUGCAAACAUUGCAGCCAAGCUUGAAAUCAUGGAACCAUGUUGUAGUGUCAAGGACAGGAUAGGUUACAGUAUGAUAAUUGAUGCUGAGCAAAAAGGACUUAUAACGCCAGGAAAGAGCAUUCUUGUUGAACCCACCAGUGGAAACACUGGCAUUGGCCUUGCUUUCAUAGCUGCUUCAAGAGGAUAUAGGCUCAUCCUGACUAUGCCAGCUUCAAUGAGCUUGGAAAGAAGGGUUCUUCUAAAAGCAUUUGGAGCUGAGCUUGUAUUAACUGAUUCGGCAAAGGGCAUGAAGGGGGCAGUUCAGAAAGCUGAAGAGAUUUUGAACAGCACACCCAAUGCUUACAUGCUUCAACAAUUUGACAAUCCCGCAAAUCCUAAGAUACACUAUGAGACAACUGGUCCAGAAAUCUGGGAGGAUACUAGAGGCAAGGUGGAUAUAUUAGUUGCAGGGAUCGGAACUGGCGGAACUAUAACUGGUGUUGGUCGAUAUCUUAAAGAGAAAAAUCCUAAGAUAAAGGUUAUUGGUAUAGAGCCUGUAGAAAGCAACAUACUUUCAGGCGGAAAGCCUGGUCCUCACAAGAUUCAAGGGAUUGGAGCAGGUUUUGUACCUGGGAAUUUGGAUGAGGGUGUGAUUGAUGAAAUCAUAGAGAUAUCCAGUGAUGAAGCUGUUGAAACUGCAAAGCAAGUAGCUCUCCAGGAAGGCUUGUUGGUUGGCAUAUCUUCUGGUGCGGCCGCCGCAGCUGCAAUGAAGGUUGGAAAGAGGCCUGAAAAUGCUGGGAAGCUCGUUGCAGUUGUGUUUCCGAGCUUCGGAGAACGAUAUCUAUCAACUGUUCUUUUCCAGUCAAUCCGAGAAGAAUGUGAGAAAAUGCAGCCUGAAGCAUGAAAUUUCCCUACUUGAGUCGAUUUAAAAAGUACUUUAUUUGUUUUUUGCAUACGUUUUAUAUAUGCAUUUUGGUACUAUUCUUGUGUAUAUCUUUAUAAGAAUCUUUGAUUCAGAAACUCCAUUCAUGACUGGCUUUUUCUUGUCUAAUAAGGAAAAAUCCUGUAACUGAAAUCCUGUUAUGUAUGUGUUUGCAAUUUUCAGAAUGAA